AUGGCAAUAGAAUGUAUAAAAACUUGCUGUAAAUGGUGUUUCUGCAUGGACAAAGAAAAAAAUGAUCUUUCCAUGGUGCAGGACUCUGAAGCAGCAGCUGAAAGCAAGCCAACUAUUGUAGAGAAGCCUCCAUUGUCUUCUGUGUCAGUGAAGCGUCAAGUUGGCUGCUCAGAGGAUUAUUUGCUUUCUAAACUGCCCCUGGAUGGUCAGGAGGUACCAUUUGUGGUCCCUCCAUUCAAAUUGGCUUAUGUACAGCCGAAGAACCUUCCUAGUAUCCCUCAUGCUGGAGGGAUUAAAGAAUCUGCCAGAGCCUCGUGUGGUGAGCGGAAAGCAGAACUGCACGGCCUGUACCAGUGGCCUCGCUACGAUGUGUACAACCCGUUCUAUCUGGAGCAUCGCAUUUCGCCAGAUCUGAUUAGGCGUGGCCAAGCAAAACCAGAAAACAGGAAAUUAUAUGGAUCAGUUAGUGACUUAAGGCCUAGUACUUUGCCUGGAUCCAUUGAUGUGAGCCGUUCAAUGUUUGAUCUCAGAAAUCCACCUCAUCGAUCCAUGCAGAGAUACGAUUCAUUCUCCAGUGUGCCUAGCAGUACCUCUUCCAGGAAGGAUUCACAAGGCAGUAACAGGAGCCUGGAUACUAUUACAUUAUCAGGUGAUGAACGAGACUUUGGAAGAUUGAAUGUGAAGCUGUGUUAUGUUUCUUCUGUAGAACAGAUCUGGAUCACAGUUUUACAUUGCAAAGACCUGAGCUGGCCUUCCAGCUGUGGGGAAAAUCCUCGGAUCUGUGUCAAGGGAAUUCUCACACUGCCCAAACCAGUGCAUUUCAAAUCUUCUGCCAAGGAGGGCUGCAAUGACAUUGAAUUUAUGGAAACUUUUGUAUUUGCUAUUAAACUGCAAAGCCUACAGGCUGUCAGAUUGGUAUUUAAAAUCCAGACACAGACUCCCAGGAAAAAAACAAUUGGAGAAUGUUCCUUGGCACUGCGGGAGCUGAGCUCACAGGAGUCAAGUCAUUGGCUGGAUAUAUCUCCUCCUUCCAAAGCACCUGUGCACCGUGUAGAACUUCAAGUAGGAACUUGUUUUCAAGCCGUAAACAGGAGGAUACAGUUACAGAUUAUUGAAGCACAAAACCUUCCUGUUUCAUCUGCACCACUGUCUUCAAAUUUCUUUGUGAAAGUUGGAAUGUUUAGUACAGAAGGGAUGAUCUAUAAGAAGAAGACUCGUCUUCUGAAGUCCACUAAUGGCCAAGUGAAGUGGGGAGAAAUGAUGAAUUUUCCAGUUAUCCAAGCUGAACAAGGAAUUAGCUUUCUCAUCAAGCUCUACAGCAGAAGCUCAGUGAGAAGAAAACACUUCCUAGGACAGAUCUGGAUAGGUUCUGAUAGCAGCAACAGUGAAGCAGUAGAGCAGUGGAAAGAUACUAUUGCCAACCCUGAAAAAGUCGUCAUUAAAUGGUACAGCGUUGGUCCAUCUUGAAGACUGGAGAUGAAAUUCAGAACUCAUUUUUCUACAA